UGUUAUUGUUACCCAUAGAAGAAGGUACCUGUGGGGAACCGAGAGAGAGAGAGAGAGAGAGAGGAGAGAGAAAGGGAGAGACCUGGUGGUGGGAAUGGCUCUGCAAUGGGUAGUGCUCGGCUACGUGGUGGCGGUGGAAGCUGUGCUUGCCAUCCUUGUGACGCUGCCUUCACCCAAGGGCAUUAGGACCCACAUCGUCUCCUUGACCUCGCGGUUGCUGCAACCAUCAAUGGGCAUUGUCCCCUUCGCGCUCUUCCAACUCAUGGAUAUCUACUGGAAGAACGAGCACCGUCUUUCUUGUUCUUCAGAAGUUUGCACUGCGGCGGAGAGGGAUCGAUACGAAAGGGCGAUAUUCAAAGCACAAAGGAAUGCUGUUCUCUGCGUAGCUGCUUGCUUUCUUUACUGGUGCAUCUACUCUGUCUGUAAAUACCAGAAGGAAAUACAGAAAGUGGAAGAAGCUGAGAAGCGGCUCAAGGAAUCAUAGACUCAUAGUCCACCCAAAGAGCUGAGAAAUAACAUCGUGAGGUGAAGAUGGUUGUUGAUUACAAGCAGGACUGGCGAGUUACAGUGAGGUCGACUUGUUUGGGCCUGUGAUUUCUUCUUUUUCCUACUUUAUGUGUCUGUUUUUGUAUUACUUAGAACGUUAGCCCGUAGCUUUUAACUGGAUAGUCUAAAGGACGAUGCAGACAAUGAAAAAUGGAAUUGCAAGAACCAGUGAAUCACAUUACGAAUCAUGAAGCCUUUUUUGCUGUGGUUUUC